ACACUUUACUUGAAAAAGGAAAAACAAAAGAAAUUCCUAGUGUUUGGGUCUUUCUAGUGCGGUGGGUACAGUAUUAUUGACAUUUCCAUAAUGGACCUUUUCAAUUUCAUGUAUAUAUUUAUUAUUAUUAGCAGUAUAUCUGUAAGAGAAUGGAGCGUCCAUCAUGCAUUUUAGCGCUGUAUGCCCCGACAGAAGAAAAUUUGAAGCCAAAGAGGAAGAACAAAGAAAGUGACAAGAAGAGAAAGAGAUUGACCGAACAUGAUUUGCAAAGAAAUUACAAUGAAAUUGAUACUGGAAAUAGCAAGAGAACAUCGAAAAUGGUUGCAGAGGCUCCAAAGAUUUCACCAUACUUUCAGAAUGACCAUGGGAAAAAGACAGACAAUGGGGAGGCGAAUGGAGAUAAAGUUGCAGUUGAAAACAUCAAGUCCAAAAAGGAGAGAAGGCCAAAGAAGGAUGAUGUCAGAUCAUGUUGUUAUGGCAGUGAGAAUGGUCUCAUUGAAGAUAAACUGGGGGGGGAUGGGAAGAUUAAAUCCAAGAAGAGAAAGAAGAAAGAAGUUGCCUAUGGUGAUGACUCCAAAAGCAAAACCAGUAAAUUCAAAUCCAAGAAAAUGACACCUGAAGUUCAUAAAAAUAUAGUCCAGAUGGGUGUUAGAUAUGUUUCCCCUUAUUUUCAUAACGACUGUAGGAAGAAGAUUAAUGUCCAACCAUUGGGUGAGGAAAUCAAGUCUGAAGGAAACAUGAUGAGGGAUAAACUGAAGGAAGAUGAUGGUGGACUUGAAAGUUACGUUGAUUCAGUUGGUCUAACUGCUGCUUCUGGAGAUUUCCUUGAGCAUGACCUGAAAGAGAAUGGAAAUGAAUUCAUAACCAUUACCAUUAAAUCAAAGAAGAAGAAAAAAUCCAGAAGUCAUAAAAAUGUCGAGGAGCAUUCCAAGGUUCAAAAGGUUUCUCCUUUCUUUCAGAAUGACAAUGUGAAGACAAUUGAUGUAGAAGCACUUGAUCAUGAAGAUGACUUUCAUUCUGUUGCUUUAAAGGGUACUUGCAGAUACAUUGCACAAGAGAGGGGGGGAGAGAGUGGAAAUAAAAUUGCAGUUCAAAAGAUUAAAUCCAAAGGUAAGAGAACAUACAAGAAGCUAGAGCCUGUUGAGCAUGAUCAAAUUCUAAAUUUUUCUUCUUUCUUUCAAGGUGACAAUGAGAAGAAGGGUGACGUAGACUCAUAUUGUGGUAGCUUUCGUGAAGAUAAGCUGCCAGAUGAUGGAAACAAAUUUGAAUACGGAACAAUUAAAUUCAAAAAGAAGAAGAAGAAGAAGAAGGCCUUUUCAAAUAAGCCGCAGGAGGAUGGAAACGAUGCUGAAACUCAUAAUGUUAAACCCAAAAAGACAAAAUCUGUGGUGUGGGAAAAUAUAGCUCAGGUUGGUGAUGGAAAUGAUGCUGAAACUUGUAACGUGAAAUCCAAGAAGAUGGAAUCUGUGGCUCAGAAAAAUAUAGCCCAGGUUGGUGCUAGAUAUAUUUCUCCUUAUUUUCAUAAUGGUGGUGGGAAGAACAAAUUUGAACUGUUGGAUAUGGAAAGCAAAUCUGGGUCCAUUGCUUUACCUACCAUUAGAAAUUUCAUUGAUGAUAAACCAAAAGAAAUUAAUAGUGGAAAAAAGAAUAAACGACAAGGACUUGAAAGCCAUGUUGAUACUGUUGUGUUAGCAGCUGCUUCUGGAGACUUCUUUGAGAAUAAACUGCAGGAAAACAGAAAUGAAAUUCAAACUGUUAAAAUUAAAUCCAAAAGGAAGAGAAAGUCCAAUUAUCAGAAAGUUGUGGAGGAGCAUGCUAUGGUCCGAAAGGUUUCUCCUUACAUUCGGCAUGACCAUCAGAAGGAAGUUAAUGUGGAAGCACUUUAUAAUGAAAGUAAUUUUGAUUCUGUUGCUUUAAUGGGUACUAAUGGUGACAAAUUUGUCGCAAUUGAAAAUUUUAAAUACACAGCAGGCAUGAAAACAUCUACAAAACAUGAGAUUGUGGAGCGCGCUCAAAUUCAAAAGAAUUCUUCUUUCUUUCAAAGUGACAAUGAGAAGAAGGUAGGUGCUGAAUCAUGUUCUGGCGGUGAGAAUGAGUUCAUUGUUUUACCUGGUACUUGUGGUAGCUUCCUUGAAGAGAAGUUGCCAGAAGAUGGAAAUGUAAUUGAAAAUGGAAUGGUUAAUUUGAAGAAGAAGAAGAAGAAGAAGAAGGUUGUUGCAAAUACACUGCAAGAGAAUGGAAAUGAUGCUGAAACUAGCAAAGCUAAACCCAAGAAGACAGAACCUCUGGUUCAGAAAAGUGUUGCCCAUGGUGUUAGAUAUGUUUCCCCUUAUUUUCAUAAUGAUUGUGGGAAGAAGGUUUAUGUCCAACCAUUGGCUGAGGAAAUCAAGUCUGAAUCCAUUGCUUUGCAUACCUUUGGAAAUUUCAUUAAGGAUAAAGUGGUGGAAAACAAUGUUGGGAAAAACAUUAAGCAACAGGGACUUGAAAUUCAUGCUGAUUCUGUUGUGUUAACAGCUACUUCUGGAGACACAAUGGAUGAACUGCAAGAAAAUGGAAAUAAAAUUGAAAGCAUUAAAGAUAAAUUAAAGAAGAGCAAAUACUGUAGUUGGAAAACUGCUGAGGAGCAUGCCAAGGUUCGAAAGGUUUCUCCUUAUUUUCACAAUGACAGUGAGAAGACAGUUAAUGCGAACAUACUUAAUUAUGAAAAGGACUUUGAUUCUGCUGCUUUAAGGAGUACAUAUGGAGACAAAAUUGCAAUUGAAAAUUUUAAAUACACAGGCAUGAAAACAUCUAAAGAGCAUGAGACAACAGAGCUUGCUCAAAUUCAUAAAGUUUCUCCUUUCUUUCUAAGUGAGAAUGCGGAGAAGGUUGCUGCUGGAUCAUGUUAUGGCAGUGAGGUUGAAUUCCAUGCUUUACCUAGUUCUGGUGUUAGGCUCCUUGAACAAAAGCUGCAAGAGGAUGGAAAUGUAAUUGAAAAUGGAAUGGUUAAUUUGAAGAAGAAGAAGAAGAAGAAAGUUGUUGCAAAUACACUGCAAGAGAAUGGAAAUGAUGCUGAAACCAGCAAAGCUAAACCCAAGAAGACAAAACCUCUGCUUCAGAAAAGUGUUGCCCAUGGUGUUAGAUAUGUUUCUCCUUAUUUUUGUAAUGAUAGUGGGAAGAAGAUUAAUGUCAAACCGUUGGAUAAGGAAAGUCAGUCUGAAGCAGUUAAAAGAACUCUUUCUGCUUCUCAGAAGUGGGAUGAGGCUUACAAAAGAAAAACUCCUGAUAAUACAUGGAACCCUCCACAUUCUGAAUUUGGUCUCAUUCAAGAGGGUCAUGUUCAUGAUCCAUGGAGGGUGUUGGUUAUAUGUAUGCUUCUCAAUCGGACUACUGGGGAUCAGACAAAGAAGAUUUUGUCAAACUUUUUCGAGUUAUGUCCAGAUGCAAAAUCUUGUACGAAAGUUUCAAGAGAGGAACUGGAACGGACAAUAAAGACUCUAGGUUUUCAACACAAAAGGGCAGCAAUGUUGCAGCGGUUCUCUGAGGAAUACUUGGAUGAAAGUUGGACACAUGUAACUCAACUGCACGGUAUUGGCAAGUAUGCAGCGGAUGCAUAUGCUAUAUUUGUUACAGGAAAGUGGGAUAAAGUGAUACCCACAGACCACAUGCUAAACCACUAUUGGGAAUUUCUCCAUAAUACCAAGCAUCCAUUGUGAAAGACUAUGGAUCGCGAAAUCAAAUUUCUAAGUUAUUACACUGGUUUAUGUCGCCAAACUUGUCCAGCGUGAAGGGGAAAUCCGCCCGCCUUUGCUUUGUUCUUUUUCUGCAUCUUUUUUGCUGUGUCAAAGGUAUAUGAGAAAGUCCCUUUCUUUUAGGAACCUCAAUGGCUCAACUAUAAAGCUCCAAAUUCUAACAAUGUUUUGAAGAACAAUAUACCAUAUAGGUCGUUAAACAAGUCUUGCAACAUUUUGCAAAGGGAUUUUGAUUUUACAAGUGUCUUCUCAAACAUUUUUAUUAUGCUAAUGGCAGGAAUAUUAAAUUG